UAUGCUGUUGGAUUGGGAAACGUGUGGAGGUUUCCAUACCUGUGCUAUGAAAAUGGAGGAGGGGCAUUUCUGAUUCCAUAUGCCACGAUGUUGCUCUUGGCCGGACUUCCAAUGUUCUUUAUGGAACUAUGUCUUGGUCAGUUCACCAGCAGUGGACCAGCAACGAUAUGGAAGAUGUCACUGAUGUUCCGAGGCAUCGGAUAUGGUAUGGUGAUGAUUUCCGCGUGUAUAGGACUUUACUACAACGUAAUCGUAACAUACACGUUGUAUUACAUGUUUGCGUCCUUCACCACGAUGCUGCCGUGGGUGGGCUGCAACAACUCAUGGAACACGGACAUGUGCAACGGCUUUUACGACGAAUGUCUGAGCAAAGGGGACAGUAUUAUGACGGUGAACAACACAUGCGUGGCAGUGGCGUCUAUGUCGGAGGAUAUGCUGGAGUAUUAUGGCGUCAAGUAUAGUGCCCUCUCGGGGCUAUUGGACUUGUCCAACUACACCGACCCUCUUCAGGGUCAGAGGAGACUCCUGAGUGAAGAGUAUUUCAAGAAUGCUGUCCUUCACGAGGCCCCUGGUAUUGGUCAGGUGGGAUCGAUUGUGUGGCCUCUCAUGGGCUGCCUGAUCUUCGCUUGGGUCAUCAUCUACAUCUGUUUACGAAGGGGCAUCAAAUCAUCCGGAAAAGAAUAUUUUAUAUAUUACUUCACUUCAUUCCCGUACCUUGUUCUUUUCCUCUUUCUGAUACUGGGAGUGACUUUGGAUGGAAGCGAAAAGGGAAUCGAGUUCUUCAUCACUCCACGAUGGGAGAUUCUUUAUGAACCCAAAGUGUGGUUGGAUGCAGCGGUUCAAAUCUUCUUUUCCCUGAGCACAUCAUGGGGUGGGUUGCUAACGUUGUCCUCCUACAACCGGUUCCGCAACAACUGCUGCUUCGACGCAAUGUUCAUUGCCAUUGCCAACUGCCUCACCAGUGUGUUCGCAGGAUUUGUGAUCUUCUCAAUCAUCGGAUUCAUGGCACAUGAGUUGGGAAAAGAAGUCAGUGAAGUCGUAGACCAAGGCUUUGGUCUUGCCUUCAUUGCCUACCCUGAGGCCCUGACUAGACUACCGGCUGCACCUGUCUGGUCUGUCUUGUUCUUCUUCAUGCUGCUGACUUUGGGCCUGGACACACAAGCUGGGGUGUUCUGGGUCAAUCUGUUGGAUUCAUACUCAGCAAGCUUCGUCAUUCUCACCUUCGCCACAAUGGAGUGCAUGGUCAUAUGUUGGGUGUAUGGCUACGACCGAUUCAAGGGAGACAUUAGGAUCAUGAUUGGCGCAAGAAGGGUCAACAGCAUGUUCUUCAACUACUGGCGGGUCUGCUGGUGCUUCCUUACCCCUGUUGUCCUGACCUUGGUACAGUUGUACAGCUUCGUCAACUGGGAGGCGCCAUCUUACAAUGGGGAAUUUCCAGGCUGGGCGCACAUCAUCGGUUGGGCAAUUACUGGUUCGACCUUCAUCUUGACUCCUGUCUUCAUCUUGGUGGAGAUCAAGAAUGCACCGGGAACGUUUCUUGAG